CUCUCUCUCUAAAUAUACUUACAGCUACUGUUUGGGCGGAAAUCAUUUUUGCGCUCCCCUCCCCUCCGCUUAACGACAAUUUGUGUAAAAUUAGUAUUUUAGUACUUUAGUAUCGGUGUGUUUUGACUCGCUCUUCUAUUACACAUGCAACUGGUUGAAUAUACCAUAAAGAGUGAAAGGAGGGGAAGGGAAUGUAAAAAUUGUUAAACCUUCACGAAAUCGAUACGCGAAAUCGAUACGCAACGUGCUUGCGUGUAUUUCAUCGCUGAUACAAAGACUGCUAUCGCUGUCUUGCCACAACGAUAUGGUAUAUUUUGCAACUGUCCGGUUCAAAGCACGGGGAGCGUUGAUAAGUAUAAUUUUCGCAACACGGCUCUAAACGCAACCUUUACAUACACAACGUGUACAGUGUUAGACUUAUCGUAGAAAAAAAAUAUAUCAUUCGUUCGGUGUUCACCGAGUUGAAACCAUACGGUAUGUACAUUUGAGUUGCUCGGAACGUGAGUUUCUGUCUCGCUUAAACCGAAUGUAGAACUGUUAAUUUUACAUACACGCGACACGAAGCGUGUAUUUUUAAUAGCGCGUAACAAAAAUCGAGACAUUUGGACCUUGCUGUUUGGAUCUGAGCCUACACAUCUCCGGAUAGUACUAAACUUUAUAUCAGUAUAUGCGAAAUUUUCCAAACAAAAGCGGAACGAGACACGUGUGGUGUUGGGAUUUAUACGAGUGAACGGAGAGAAAGUGACACUUUUUUUUUCUCUUUUUCUUUUUUCUUUUUCUCGCGGCUUUCAACGUCAAGGUCGUGUGGCAGUAACAUCAAGUCGGACGGUGCAAUAAUUUGAAACGAAACAGAAAUAACACUUCCUUCCGUUUUGUAAUUUGUCGCGCACUGAUGCGCGUGUGCACUCUCCAGCAGCACAAGUUCUUCGAAAACGGACAAACCUGAUAAUCCAAAGGCGAGGACAAACGUACGUACGUUUUCCCUCGAGAGGAGAAUCAAGCUUUCUUCGUCUCUGUCUGUCUCUGUAUAUUAUUCUUCUUCCGUUCUUUUUUCAUAUCUUUCUUCGAACAAAAGUUCGUCACUUUGGAAGUGGACUAACUGGCCAGUGUUCAAUGUUUUUGUUCUUAUAUAAGAACGAAGCGACAGAUCCGAAAGUACGGGAGAGAGGAGUCGUCUGAGUUGAUAUGACGAACCGGCUGUGGAAAGCGUUGUCGCGUAGACGCAUCGAGAAGAAUGCAGAGGGGAAAGGUGAACUAGCACGGGUGCUUGGUUUAUUCGAUCUAACUGCGCUCGGCGUGGGUGCGACUCUUGGUUUAGGCGUUUACGUGCUCGCUGGAAGCGUGGCCAAAGACACAGCCGGGCCUGCCGUUUGUAUCUCUUUCCUCAUAGCCGCCGUCGCGUCCGCUCUUGCGGGUAUGUGCUACGCGGAAUUCGCAUCGAGAGUACCAAAGGCUGGCUCAGCGUACGUUUACAGUUAUGUAACAGUAGGCGAGUUUGUUGCUUUCGUCAUAGGAUGGAAUUUAAUUCUAGAGUAUGUAAUUGGUACUGCGAGCGUAGCUCGAGGUCUCAGUAAUUAUGUCGAUGCACUUAUAGGAAAUGUCAUUGGUAAUACUAUGCGUUCCUUCAUGCCUAUAGAUGUGUCCUUUCUGUCGGAGUAUCCGGAUUUCUUCGCUUUUGCGAUGGUAAUGCUGUUAGUAGCGCUACUGUGCGUAGGAGUGAAGGAAUCGUCCAUCUUAAAUAACGUAUUUACCGUUAUAAACUUGACAACAAUCGCGAUCAUUAUUGUCGCAGGAUCGAUAAAAGCGAAUCCAUCCAACUGGUCGAUCGCGCCCGAGAACAUUCCAGGUACCGUGAAGAACGCUGGUACCGGUGGAUUCAUGCCAUUCGGUGUCGGCGGAGUAAUGGUCGGAGCGGCAAAAUGUUUUUACGGAUUCGUCGGAUUCGACGCUGUCGCUACCACCGGCGAGGAAGCGAAAGACCCACAGCGUCAUAUUCCUCUAGCGAUCGUACUGUCCUUAAUCGUUAUAUUCGUAGCGUAUUUCAGUAUCUCGACGGUCCUAACGAUGAUGUUGCCUUAUUACGCUCAGAAUGCGGACGCGCCGUUUCCACACGCGUUCGAUGAGAUCGGAUGGCCUGCCGUUAAAUGGAUCGUCAACGUAGGUGCGGUAUUCGCGUUGUGUACCAGUCUCUUGGGCGCUAUGUUCCCACUGCCCCGCGUACUGUACGCCAUGGCAAGCGAUGGAAUAAUAUUCAAGACUCUCUCCAAGGUCCAUCCCAAAACUAUGACGCCUAUACGCGGUACGGUGCUGUCUGGUCUACUUAUCGGUCUUAUGACGCUCAUUUUUAACUUGCAACAGUUGAUCGACAUGAUGUCUAUCGGUACUUUACUCGCGUAUACAAUAGUAGCGAUAUGCGUAUUGGUGUUGAGAUAUCAAAAGGAGGAGAAUUCUUGCAACGCUCAUACUGCGCCGACACUGAGCAAUUGUCAAUUUGUAUCUGUAAAUCUAUUUAGAGAACUGUUCAAUUUGCACAAUCAAAAGGAACCGACAGAGCUUACCAGCAAGAUCGCCAAUAUCAGCAUCGCUUUAUUCUGUAUUGUUAUAUGUAUUAUCGCAUUUUUGACCAGCAACAUGGGCACACAAUUAGUCGCUGGGGACGCGAUAGUAUCUGUGAUACUAGUUAUACUCGUGACGGUUCUUUUUCUAAAUAUAGCGGCAAUCGGUAGGCAACCGGUACAGAAGAUUCAGCUGUCUUUCAAGGUACCUCUCGUCCCGCUUGUUCCGUGUCUCAGUAUUUUUAUAAAUGCAUAUUUAAUGUUACAACUGGAUGUUUUUACAUGGAUUAGAUUCGCAGUUUGGUUGUUGAUCGGCUUCUGUAUUUAUGGUUUUUACGGAAUCAACCAUAGUGAACAAGGGAAGAAAAAUAAGGCGGAAAGUGACAAAUUGCAAGAAAAAUGUGUGGAGAAAUUUCGAAUAUUGAUCACACAUCCGUAGAAACUUAUGCGAGGAAAAAAU